CAUCAAUCACAACGGGCCGCGAACAUUGCUUUUUUGCACUUUGCAGGUGGGGGAAAUGGCGUCUAUAACAGCAGUCGCCCGACUUGUCCAUAUAAACCCAUCUUCAAAAUUAAACCCCAGUUUAGUUUCAGCUACCAAACCACUUUUCACUUUCUUCUCACUCAAAUCUUCGUAUUCCCCAAUCGUAUCAUCAUCCGCUGCUUCACUUACUUCUUCAAGAGCAAUGUCUUACGAUAAACAGCUCAUUGCUGCCAAGAAAGCGGCUUCCCUUGCUUCUCUCCUAUGCCAGAAUGUGCAAAAAGGGCUUUUGCAAUCUGAUGUCCAAUCAAAAUCUGAUAAAAGUCCUGUCACUGUGGCUGAUUAUGGGUCCCAAGUUCUAGUGAGCUUUGUUCUUCAACAAGAACUUCCUUCACAGGCAUUCUCACUUGUGGCUGAGGAAGAUUCUGGAGAUCUUAGAAAAGAAGAUUCUCAAGAAACCCUUCAACGUAUCACGAAACUAGUGAAUGAUACUAUAGCUAGUGAUGGAAGUUAUAAAGUGUCUCCUUUAUCUGAAUCCGAUGUGCUUACUAUCAUAGACUGUGGUACAUCUGAAGGAGGGUCAAAUGGUCAACAUUGGGUUCUAGAUCCUAUUGAUGGCACUAAAGGUUUUCUAAGGGGUGACCAAUAUGCAAUAGCAUUAGGUCUACUAGAUGAAGGGAAAGUUGUAUUAGGUGUCCUUGCAUGUCCAAAUCUUCCAUUAGAAUCCAUUAACAACAAAAAUCAAAAUGCUCUCACUAAAUCAUCAUCCGGAUGUUUGUUCUAUGCACAAUUAUCUUGUGGGACAUACAUGGAGUCUUUAUCUGGCUCGCCACCUGUCAAGGUGCAUGUUAGCGACACAGAAAAUCCUGAAGAAGCUUCCUUUUUUGAAUCAUAUGAAGCUGCUCAUUCGUCUCAUAGCUUAUCUGGUUCUAUAGCAAAUAAAUUGGGUGUUAAAGCGCCACCUGUCAGAAUUGACAGCCAGGCAAAAUAUGGAGCUUUAUCAAGAGGAGACGGUGCCAUAUAUUUACGGUUUCCAAAUAAAGGAUACCGUGAGAAGAUAUGGGACCAUGCUGCUGGAUACAUUGUUGUUGCAGAAGCGGGUGGUGUUGCCUCGGAUGCUUCCGGAAAGCCUUUAGACUUUUCAAAAGGAAGGUAUCUUGAUCUGGACACAGGUAUCAUUGUUACCAAUCGCAAACUUAUGCCAGCUGUCUUGAAAGCAGUUCAAGAUUCACUCAAGGAGCAAGCUUUGCCAUCACUGUAAAUUUUAAAAAGUUUUCGGGUGUUGUGCAUUAUUUCAGUUUCUAAAACAUGUUCUUGAUUGUAUUACUAUUUUUAAUAAAGAUAAAGAUCGGAUUAUGUUUUAGUUUUUCGGGUGC